AACUCACAUGUAUCACGUAACUCACCUCAAUCCAGCAAACAUAGAGUCUAGAUCUACAAACUGUGGUGAAGAGUCCGAAAAAUGCAUGUAAUAAAUAGGAGAUUACUUGAAGUAGACAAUAGUUUGAUCUUGUAUGCUGACUUUAACUUUGGGCCGCAACUUAAUCAGAAUAGUAAAUAGAAAAGUCAGCAAUCAGGUAGAAAAUCGGAAAAUCGGACCGAGCACGAAUCGUAGUUUGCUGCAGUGCAGUGCCAGUGAAUGAGUGAUCAACUGUCCGACGACACUCCGAACAACAGUGCCAUCGCGUCGUCAGCCCGUGCAGAGCUGAGUCGUUGGUAUCAGCAGAUGCUACGAAGAAUAUAUAGCCGAUCUGAGCCAGUCUUCCAUAUCUCAUCAGCACCAACCAACCCCAACCAAGCUGCCAAGAUGAUGAGCAUUUUCAAAAACAUGUUCAACAAACUACAAAUGCCAGGGUAUGAACUAGUCAAAACUUAUGAGAAAGGAUACGAAGAGCGGAAGUAUGCCCCCUCUCGUUGGGUUUCAACAUCCUUAGAUCUAAUCACAGCAGAAGAAGCAGCAGCAGUCACCACGAAAGAGAGACGAGGGUCCUUCUUCAAGCUCUUUAACUAUAUUCAGGGAGAGAAUGAAGGCGGUCACAAGAUUGAAAUGACUGCUCCCGUGGCCAGACAAUACAUUCCUGGGCAGGGCCCUGCAUGCGAGACCAAAUACACAAUGUCAUUCUUUGUCCCCAGGGAGUUCACAGAGAAUACCCCCAAACCAACAGCUCCAGAUGUUUUUAUCACUGACCUGCCAGGAAUGACAGUCUUUGUCAAGAAAUUUGGUGGAAAUGCUAAUGAUGAGAAGUACAUGGAGGAGAUGAAAAAGUUCAUUCCAAUCCUGGAAAAAGAUGGCCACCAGGUCAAGGAUGAUGUCUACUACUUUGCAGGCUACGACAGCCCCUUCAAGCUGCUCAACCGCAGGAACGAGGUCUGGCUGGUCAAGGACUGUGAAGACGACCAGCAUUCUCACCUGGUGGUUCCUGCAGGAGAAAGUGGAGCGGAUGCAGCAGGAAGUGCCUCUCCUGAUGAAGAUCCUUCAAGAAGUCCUGAGCAAAUGGGAGAAGAACAGGAACUCUCUCACUUGGAGGUUCCUGAAGGGGCAGUAGGUGGAGCAGAUGCUGCAGAGAGCACAACUGCCUCUGAAGAUCAAACUUUUUCAGAGAAUCCAAAUGAAAUAGGCAUGAACUAAUAUAUUGCAAUGUAGCUUUGGAAGAUCUGACUGCCUUUGAAUUCAGACUCUUUUAGAGUCCAAAUUUAAGAGGCAUAGGCUAGAAUAUUGUGAUGCAAUUCAUGGUUCACCAGUAGCCAAAGAGGGCCGAACUGAAGACCAAACCUUUUCAGAGAAUCCGAAUCAAACAGGGUAGGGGUGAAAGACAGUGGUGCAACUCGGUUGUUUGUUGCCCCAAAAGAUAUAUCUGUAGCUAUAGUUUGAUGUUGUAUGUGUUUUUGUAAGUCACUUCAUAGAUGUCUGCCAUUGAUAAAGUCUUGUCAACGUAGUAUUAUCCAAGGACUGCAGAGAUUUUUUUUGUGCUGUUUAUGAUGUUUUGGGAUGAGCAAAAACACUGAACUACUGUACAAGGUUAUACUUAUGAAAUGUGUUCAUUGUAUUGAUAGACAAGUCUAAUGUUUGUUUUUUUAAAACUCUUUCAAGGCUGGCAUUAGAGGGUACUUACAGGGUACUUCUCUGAGUUAUCAAUGAUUGUUAUGUAGAAAAUGUACCAGUGCCAAAUAGUAUUUUGUAUUUUAUUAAUUAAUAUUAAUUAACAAAAUACAGAAAUAGAAUCUUCCCUUGUAUGGCGGUACUUUUUGGUGAAUGUGUGUGUGUGUGUGUGUGUGUGGGGGGGGGGGGAUCAGGGUCAUUAAAUGAAAUGUAGCAAAGAAUCAUACUAAAAGGCUUGUACAGAUAUGCAGUGAAUAAACCGCAUUUAAAUCUCAAAAUGUGUAAAUGAAUGACAGCUGCAUGCAGCAGAGGUCACUGAGGUUUGUGUUUUGAGAUACAGAACUGUGAAGUAUAUUACACUUUCUCCAUCAUACUGGUAAACAAAAAUGGCAUACCGUAUCUGAAUGAGGCUUUAAUGUGUGUUCUUUACAUGAAUGUAAAAAGAGAGAUAUUCUCUGUGUUAUGAAAUGAGCAUUGUCUUGCCCAUUUAUCUUUGGCCUUAUUACUUAACCAAUGCGUAUGUUAUAUGUAUGCCCUGUAUAUUUAUCAAAGAAAUAUCUAGUAUACACAUCUAGCAUCGUACACCACAACACUUAUCUUUAUCCUCAGAGAAAAUGUAUGAGCCAAACAGUGCAAAAAUGACAUACAAAAAAUAUAGCCAAUUUGUGUAAUGAUGAAGCAUAUGUUUGUUUAGUUAGUUAUAGUUUUUUCAUCUGCUGUAUUAUAACAUCCAUAUAACUACAUGUACACCAGGUCACUUGUCAUUCAGAAAGAAGUUAUUUUCGUAAAUUGCAGAAUUUAUGAAGUCGACUGUAUCUCAUGUUUUAGGUUCUGACAAAGCCACAUCUAUUCUCAUUUUAUGAGAAUAUGAGCUCUAGAACAAUGUUUAGCGUAUGUAAACCAUAAUCCAUUUGUUUGUUUCAGUACUAAAAUUCUGGAUCCACAGUGUACCGCCUCUACUUUUCAAUAGCUAAUCAGUAGGGCGCUAUGCCCUUGUGAUACUCCACAGAGGAUGUGCAUCCACUUUCAUGUAGCUGCCAACAUAAACAAAUAACUGGAAAAAUUCUGUGGAAAACUGACUUCAUGGUAUAUUUGAGUCGACUAUUUUGUUUGCAUUUAUAACAGUGUAUAUCUAAGUGAUAUGUAAUGUCUUUUUGUUUAAAAAGUUUAGAGCUUAAACACCAUACAGAGUAUUAUUCCUAAUAAUUGUAAGAUGUAAAGUAAUAUAAUAGUUAACAGUGAAAUCUAAAUCAAUCUUUUUGUGUACAAGUAUAAACUGCAAUGUACAUUUAUGCCUCGAUCGAUCAUCUCAUGUACAAAUUGUAUUUCAAUUUCCAAGGCGAUGAUAUACUUGCAAUAAAUGAUGUAUGUAAAUUUUCUUCAAUUUUUUAAAACUAUUAAACUGCAUUUGAUUUUCUCAA